AUGAGCCAUAAAGAUGUUGCUAUGAGGACAGAUUCAUCAAAAAUGACUGAUGUGGAGUCUGUGGUCACCAAUUUUGCAUCUUCAGCGAGGACAGGCCGCCGCAAUGCCUUACCAGACAUCCAGAGUUCAGCUGCCACUGGCGGAACCUCUGAUUUGCCCCUCAAACUGGAGGCCCUCUCCAUGAAAGAAGCCAAUAAUUCUGGAAGCUUCUGCUUCAUUGUCAUAUUCUACAGUCCUUCCACUCCUUCUACUGAAGAAGUUUAUUAUCAAUUCCAGAUGAAAYUUUUUAAAGUGAAUCAUUUUUCAACUAGUAGAACAAGUUAA